CAUCUUUCUACGGAUAUUAAUGUAAGCCGGGAUCAACUUUUAAAUACUGGUUCUCUUACUGGACACGACCAACGUUUAUCUAUCGAACAGAAUCAAUCCAGCGAUCAACGAUUAGUUAACGAAUCACGUCCUAGCAUCGAUGCUCGUGCUAAUUUAUCUCACAAUGGCCACGCAGUGAGGGCAUCUUUAUCACUGAAUCAUCGAGAUGCAACUCCUUAUCGACGUCCAAUUCCACGAAAUGUUCGUAUAUCAGAAGAUUCCACAAACGCUAAUGGCGUAUCUGGCCUCGGACUUGUUCAAACGACAAGAAUAACAUCGCCUUUACAAGGUGGUGCGACUGGAAUUGUUCCCACAAACGUUCACAUUAAUGGUCACGGCUCUGUAAUGCAACUUUCUCAGAUGACACCACAAGUAGCCACAAGACAACUAUCAGGAAAUACGCAAACUAAUAUUACAUCAGCGAUAAGUAGUACUGAACUUACUCGGACGUCUUCAAACCCUGGAAUAAUCAUGAACAAUACUACUCCGGUGCUUACUCGGACACCAUCUAAUCCUGGAAUGAUGGUGAACAGUGUAACAUCAGGACUUUCUAGAACACCUUCAAAUCCGGGAGUUAUAAUGAACGGUACGUCACCUAGACUCACUCGAACUCAUUCAAACUCUGGGAUUAUUAUAAACACUGCAACACCGGUAAUUGAUCCUAGAAGACUUCAGCGAACACCUUCCACACAGGAAGGGAUCAUAAUGAACAUUACUCCCCUAUCACGAACAUCCUCAAAUUCAGGGAUGAUGAUAAACAAUUCUGUUUCAUUAAUAGAUCCAAAUAAAAUCAAUAAUGGUACUACUUUG